UUCCUGCUUUACUUUUGGAGACAGUUCUCUUGGGAGAAGCGGUGUCCAUCCUAUUUAGUAAAGCAUAAGCACAUAAAGCAGUCACUGCAGAGAAAAUAACAUCUUGAGAAAUUUUCCAGUCACGAUUGAAAGAAGAAAAAGCAACAGAGAAGUGCAUCCUCUUGGUACGCGUCCCUCCAUGGUCUGCUGUUUAUAAUUCAGCUUAGUAAUGAAGCCACCAUUAUGUCUUCCGUCAGUGAAGUGAAUGUGGAUAUCAAAGAUUUCCUAAUGAGCAUUAAUUUGGAGCAGUAUCUCUUAUGUUUCCGUGAGUCUGGGUAUAAUUCUGUGAAGGACUGUGUGGCAAUAAAUGAUAACGUGUUGCACAGCAUUGGCAUAUCACCUACAGGACACCGUCGGAGGAUUCUUAAACAGUUACAAAUACUCUUAUCAAAAAUGCAGGACAUCUCAAUAUAUGCAAAUAUUCAUAAAACAAAGAAAAAUGAUGACUCUUCAAAGGAUCAUCAAGCUGCUCCCUCUUCUGAUCAGCAUACCUGCGUAGAACAUUCAGAUUCUGGUCGCGUUCCGACAACUAGCCCACCACCAUUAGACACUGUUACAAAAAAUCUUGAUGAAAAUGAGGUUACUGUGGAAAAUAGCCAAUCUCUGCGAUCAGAGGAUAAACCGUCUCCUAACAAUGACCUUCCCAUUUCAGAAGAACCACACCCAAACUUGGAAUCUUUUCAUGAUAGUGAAAAUAGUAACAUAGAAUCUGUGAUUACAAAGAAGACUGUGGAUUGCACAAUCGAAGAACAACAAACAGAAAAAGUGAAUUUGAUCUCAGAACAUCUCAGUAAGCUUCCAAAGGCAGACCCUGAAUGUUUUUCUUUUGUUGGUUGUUCCGGAAGCAAAUCUGAUGCAAAUUCUGGAAACGGACACAAUGGUGUAUUAGAAAAAUCCCCACCAUCCCCGUUCUUUCAGUUUCAAGGAGAAAUGGUUGUAAAUGAUUUGUAUGUUCCGUCCUCCCCCAUCCUGGCACCAAUGAGAAGUCGGAGCAAGUUGGUUUCAAGACCAUCUCGCUCUUUCCUGCUAAGACAUCGGCCUGUGCCAGAGUUACCAGGGUCAACCAAAGGAAUUUCAGGGAGCUGUUUCCGUGAGAGAAGAAAUGUUGCUACCUCAACUGGAAAAUCUGCAGCAUGGAAAAAUUCAAAUGAAGAGAAUUCAUCCUCCAUCUUUCCUUAUGGAGAGACCUUUCUCUUCCAGAGACUAGAGAAUUCCAAGAAGAAAUCUAUAAGGAAUGAAUUUUUGACCCAUGAAGAAACUCUCAAACGGGAACCAGUGGCUACCGGGACCUCUCUUAUCAUCAGAUCAAGCAUAUAUGAUAAUCGGAAGGAGACGGUCAGCGAAAACAAAGUGGAAGAUAUUUGGAUCCCUCGACAGGAUAAAAACAGUUUUCUGAUAGACUCUGCUUCCGAAUCAGAGUACUCCACAGUAGAAGAAUGCUUUCAGAGUUUAAAAAGAAAAAAUUCAAAGGCAUCUAAAUCUAGGACUCAAAAAGCACUGAAUCUGGACCCAGGUAAUAGGAAUAGUUAUCCGUUAAGCUCCUGCAGUGGAAAUGCCAAUUCAUCAACCAUAUCCUCAAGUGCUAUUUCUCCAUACGCCUGUUUUUAUGGAUCCUCUGCAAGGAAAGUUAAAUCAGGAUGGCUCGACAAACUCUCUCCUCAAGGAAAACGCAUGUUUCAGAAGAGAUGGGUGAAAUUUGAUGGACUUAGCAUUUCUUACUACAAUAAUGAGAAGGAGAUGUAUUCAAAAGGAAUAAUUCCACUUUCUGCUAUAUCAACAGUACGAGGUCAAGGAGACAACAAGUUUGAAGUUGUUACAACACAAAGAACUUUUGUUUUUAGAGUAGAAAAAGAAGAGGAAAGAAAUGACUGGAUCAGUAUACUGUUAAAUGCACUGAAAUCAGAGUCCCUCGCCUCUCAGUCUCAAUCCAUUGUUACACCUGAGAAAUGUGGAUAUCUUGAAUUGAGAGGAUAUAAAGCCAAAAUUUUUACUGUGCUAAGUGGAAAUAGUGUCUGGCUUUGCAAAAAUGAACAGGAUUUUAAGAGUGGGCUCGGUAUUACCAUAAUUCCUAUGAACGUAGCAAAUGUAAAGCAAGUGGACCGGACGGUAAAACAAUCUUUUGAAAUCAUUACUCCCUAUAGGAGUUUCAGCUUUACAGCAGAGACUGAAAAGGAGAAACAGGACUGGAUUGAAGCUGUGCAGCAGUCAAUAGCAGAGACUCUCUCUGAUUAUGAAGUAGCUGAGAAGAUUUGGUUCAAUGAGUCCAACAGGACCUGUGCAGAUUGCAAAGCCCCGGACCCUGACUGGGCGUCCAUCAACCUCUGCGUUGUCAUCUGUAAGAAGUGUGCAGGACAACACAGAUCUUUGGGACCAAAAGAUUCCAAGGUUAGAAGUCUAAAAAUGGAUGCCAGCAUUUGGAGUAAUGAACUCAUUGAGCUUUUUAUCGUCAUUGGAAACAAAAGAGCAAAUGACUUUUGGGCUGGUAAUCUCCAAAAGGAUGAAGAAUUACACAUGGACUCACCCGUAGAAAAGAGAAAAAACUUUAUCACUCAGAAAUAUAAAGAAGGAAAAUUCAGAAAGACCCUUUUGGCAUCUCUCACCAAAGAAGAAUUAAAUAAGGCUCUGUGUGCCGCUGUUGUGAAGUCAGAUGUUCUGGAAACGAUGGCUUUGCUGUUCAGCGGAGCAGAUGUGAUGUGUGCGACUGGAGACCCCGUGCAUAGCACCCCCUACCUGCUGGCCAAGAAGGCUGGUCAGAGUCUGCAGAUGGAAUUUCUCUAUCACAACAAGUUCUCAGAUUUUCCUCAACAUGACAUUCAUGGUGAGGGUGGAUUAAAUCAAGAGUCUCCACAGACUACCUUCCUCUGUGACUUUUUGUAUCAAGCUCCUGCUGCUGCUUCCAAACUCUCUUCAGAGAAAAAACUGCUCGAAGAGACAAAUAAAAAGUGGUGUGUUUUGGAAGGAGGCUUCUUGAGUUACUAUGACAGUGAUAAGUCUACCACACCUAACGGCAGCAUUAAUGUCAAUGAGGUCAUCUGCCUGGCUAUCCAGAAAGAGGACUUCUACCUAACUACUGGGCCCAUCUUUAUCUUUGAGAUCUACUUACCCUCAGAACGUGUGUUUUUAUUUGGAGCUGAAACAUCUCAAGCUCAAAGAAAAUGGACAGAGGCAAUAGCCAAGCAUUUUGUUCCCUUAUUUGCUGAAAACUUAACAGAAGCUGACUAUGAUUUGAUUGGUCAACUCUUCUACAAAGAUUGCCACGCCCUCGAUCAGUGGAGGAAAGGCUGGUUUGCUAUGGACAAAUCUAGUUUGCAUUUUUGCCUUCAAACACCAGAAGUUCAGGAAGACAGAAUGGCCUUGAGAAGACUGCAAGAGCUCACAAUCAGCACAAUGGUUCAGAAUGGUGAAAAACUGGAUGUCUUACUCUUGGUAGAAAAAGGGAGAACAUUAUACAUCCAUGGCCAUACCAAGUUGGAUUUCACAGUCUGGCAUACUGCAAUUGAGAAAGCAGCGGGCACAGAUGGUAAUGCUUUACAGGAUCAGCAGCUCAGCAAAAACGACGUUCCCAUUAUCGUGAACAGCUGUAUAGCGUUCGUUACCCAGUAUGGUUUAGGAUGCAAGUAUAUCUAUCAAAAGAAUGGGGAUCCUCUGCACAUAAGUGAACUCCUGGAGAGUUUCAAGAAGGACGCAAGAAGUGUUAAAUUGAGGGCAGGAAGACAUCAGCUGGAAGACGUGACGGGUGUAUUGAAAAAUUUUCUCUGUGACGUUGAUAAUGCACUUCUUACCAAGGAGCUCUAUCCGUAUUGGAUCUCUGCUUUAGAUACACAAGAUGACAAAGAAAGAAUUAAAAAGUAUGGGGCAUUUAUACGUUCUCUUCCCGGGGUCAAUCGAGCAACAUUGGCAGCUAUAAUUGAACACCUUUACCGGGUUCAGAAAUGUUCAGAAAUCAAUCACAUGAACGCUCAUAACUUGGCCUUGGUCUUUUCAUCCUGUUUGUUUCAAACGAAGGGACAAACUAGUGAAGAAGUGAAUGUAAUUGAGGACCUAAUUAAUAAUUAUGUAGAAAUAUUUGAGGUUAAAGAAGACCAAGUCAAACAAAUGGACAUAGAAAAUAGCUUUAUUACCAAGUGGAAAGACACUCAAGUUUCCCAGGCUGGAGAUUUGUUAAUUGAAGUGUAUGUAGAAAGAAAGGAACCAGACUGUAGUAUUAUAAUUCGGAUAUCUCCUGUGAUGGAAGCAGAAGAGUUAACUAAUGAUAUAUUAGCAAUAAAAAAUAUCAUUCCUACAAAAGGUGAUAUUUGGGCCACGUUCGAAGUCAUCGAAAAUGAAGAGCUAGAGCGACCUCUUCACUACACAGAAAAUGUGUUGGAGCAGGUGCUGCGGUGGAGUUCAUUGGCAGAGCCUGGGUCUGCCUACCUCGUGGUGAAGAGAUUCUUAACAGUGGACACAAUUAAACUCUAUAGUGAGAGAAGCACGCUGGAGAGUAUCAAAGAAGGAGUCUUGAGAAUCAAGGAAGAGCCUUCUAAAAUACUGUCUGGAAAUAAGUUUCAAGACCGGUAUUUUGUUUUACGAGAUGGUUAUCUCUUUCUUUACAAGGACGUGAAGAGCAGUAAGCAUGACAAAAUGUUUUCCCUCAGUUCCAUGAAGUUUUACCUUGGAGUGAAAAAGAAAAUGAAGCCUCCAACAAGUUGGGGAUUGACUGCAUAUUCUGAAAAACAUCACUGGCACCUCUGUUGUGAUAGUUUGCAAACCCAGAUGGAAUGGAUGGCCAGUAUUUUCAUUACCCAGCAUGAAAAUGAUAUAUGGCCACCGGCUGGAAAGGAACGGAAACGUUCAAUAACUAAAAAUCCCAAAAUCGGAGGUUUGCCUCUAAUUCCCAUCCAGCAUGAGAGGAAUGCGACCCAAGCCCGCAGGAAUAUCGAGAGUGCAACAGCAGAACUUGACAGGCUGCGGCUCAGUGCAAAGCACGAUAGAGUGUCUGUGGACUCGAGUUUAAAGGAGAGAGCCUCCAUGGUGGCCCAGUGUCUGGAGCACAAGGACGAUAGACUUCGAAGUCGAAACCGAAAACAUCGGAGUUUCAACUGUCUGGAGGACACAGAGCCUGAGGCCCCACCUGGCCAACAAAAAGGCCUCAAAGGCCUGAAGACUCUGAGGAGAACUGAGGACAGGAAUAGCAAAGCUACUUUGGACUCUGACCAUAAGUUACCAUCAAAGGUCAUUGAAGAGCUCAAUGUGGUUCUACAGCGGUCAAGAACCCUUCCGAAAGAGUCGCAAGAUGAACAGACUUUGCAGAAAGAAAUAAAAUAAACUGUCCCUCCCCAGUUACUAUUUUAGUAUUGUAUAGGAUGUUUGUGUGUAAACCAGAAACCAACCCAUAAGAUAAUUCAUGAAGAUGUGUCCACCUGCAGACACGUGUCUAUCUGUGAUCAAGAAACUUGACUAUCUAUACUUCCUCAUUUAAUGAACAUUUAAAAAUAUGUAUAUAUGUGAUAAAGUGUAAGAUAAGCUUUAUUUUGGUUUGAACAAAGUUUGUAAAGUUUAAUUAUAUUAACCUGGUUAAGGAGACUUCGGGUUACUUUAAGUGGUCAACCCUUUUAAAGAGGUCUAUUAAAUGGUGUAAUUUAUGAGCAGAAAUCUCAAACUGUACUGUAUUGUAUAAAAUCUGGUGUUUAAAUGAAGCUUAUGAAACUAUCUGUAACAUAGUUUGCACUUUGAGAAACCUUGUCUAUUACCGUAUGUUUUUAGGUUUACAGAGAGUUCAACUUAGGGAAAAGUAAGGGAAGUACAUUGAAAAGAGGGUGGGUUUAUUUGGUGGCUGCCUAACAAGUAACAUUGGGGUUUUAAAAAGAGACAAGAAGUUGACCAAUGUCCUAAAAGCAAAGAAGUAAGUCGAGAUGCAUUCUCGAGGCACUGAUGCCUCGCAAUGGAUGGUGUCAGAGAACCAGCCACAUUGUACGUUCACUACACUUAAGCUCUUUGUCCGUGGCUGCUAAGAGGAAACUGACGCUGCACUGGAGGGUCGUCCACUCAGGACCCGGCUGGGACGCCAUCUGCACUGUUGCUGUACAAGCACGUUUUUGGAGUUUCCAAAACGUACUUUUGGUACGAACAAAAUUUGUCAUCACAGGGUCUUGUUUCUGUUGUUUUAUUGUUUGUUUUUCUUAUUGUUUUACGUUUCAUUUUUAUGUCUUGUUAUUUUAAGUAAGGCUAUAAUGCCUUUCUCUGCAUUGUCAGAAUUAACUGGAAGUACCUAAGAUAAUAUAGCCAAGUUGAGGUGUGGGAGAGCUUACUACACAUUUGGGGGCUACGUGUUCACAUUUAAUUUCGUUUUUUGUUUUUUUUUUAUAAUGUAGUGGUCACCUCUCUGCCUAAAAAUAAUGAGAAAGCCCUUUAUGUUUGUUUCCACAUAAAGAUUAGCUACAGAAUUGACAAUUUUCCUGAAAGGGACAACAAUACCUAAUUAUGGUUUAUGUGAGGGACAACGUGUUUCAUUAUUUUCUUUCGAAUUAUAUUAGGUUUGGUGAGUUUGAGUAUUAAAAGUUAUUUCAUGCAGCUAAGUUUUAUUCCUAGCAUUCCUUCUUACUCUCUAAUUUUAAGGUAUUUUAUCAGAAUCUGUCUAUUUACAAAGGUUCAUCAGGCCACUCAUGGUACAGUAAUGUGCUGUUAAAUGCUAUGAAUUUCUUUAUUUCUAAGUACUGACCCCUUUUAUUUGGUGGUGAUAAAAAAUACUUUACACUGGGUAUGAGAUAUUUAUUCUUUAAAUAAAUUGAAAAAUGUUUUAAUAAAACCACAAAACUGCAGGACAGUUUAUGAAAUAGUUAGCAGUAUUAGGGAGCCUUCCUUUAAACCAAGAAAUCAUGUUAUUUAGAAAGAAAACUAAUCUUAAAUAUACUAUUUCUAAUAAAUAAUUACUUUUUUAUUUUUAUGAAAUAGUGAAGUAUAUGAAAAUUAAUAUGUUUGGCAAUGUUGGACAAUGGGAAAGUGUCUGGAAUAUUUACCUGCCUUAUCUGAAUUUUUCUUAAAACUUGUUAUUAAAAUCUAAUAGUUUUUGCUUCUUUUUUUUUUUUUUUCCUGAGCAAUUGUCUCCAUUUUUCAAGUGUGUAAGAUAAGGGCUAACGAUGACAUCUCAUAUAUUUUGAGUAAAAAUUAAAACUGUUUUCCAAGUCCACUCAAAUGUAACUGUUGUCUUCCUCCAUUAUUUUUUGCAUUUGAAGGUGA